UUAUAUAAACUUCCAGAACACAGUUCGAAACGAAGCCCUUAAAACUCUGAGUGAUCCUAUACAAACUGACCCAGCUGAGGGGCUAAUCUCAUAGCAAGAUGAAUCGAAGCGACGACAUGAAGCGGGCCUCGCUGGACGACUACAAAAAGAAUGCGAUGGCCUCCGUGGGCUGGGCGGUGGACGCCGACAUUCCCAUGGCGAAUGCGGAGAACCUGGCCAUUCUCAAGGAGAUUGCCGCCUUGAGGGCGCUGAAAGUGGAAGUGCAGCAGCGCAUGAAGUCUCUAGACGAACGCGAGCAGGCGGUGCAGCGGCAUAAACGCAACAUUGAGGCCACUAUCCAACAGAAUCAGACGCUAUAUAGCUCGUUGAAGGAUGACGAGAUCAAGGAGGCUCAUAAGGUGCAGCUGGUGAUCUUAGAGCGCAACAAGAUAAAGGAGGAUCUGCGGAAAAAUGAAAAGGAGUUGGAAGAGUUUACUGAAUAUUCCGAAGCCACAGAACGGAAAAUCUGCCAGAAAAAGCAAGAGAUAGACGAGCUGACGUCUCGCAUUAAGUCCGCGAAGACCACUUUGGUGGAGUGGACCGAGGCGAUGGAGGACGGGAACAAGGGCUACCAGCUGAUCGAAAAGUAUUAUUUGGACGACCAGCAGAAGGCUCGAGAGCUGAACACCAAGCGCCAAUUGCUGCAGGCGGAGAUUGACAAGCGGCGCAAGCAGGUGGUCCUACUCUACGAUGAACAAAUGACGCUGGAGAAGAAUCUGGAGCGGACCGCCUGCCUUUAUAGGGCGGCUCAUGUGGAACGGCGGCAGAUGGUAGAGACUUGGAAGAAUGCAGUGAAUCAGAUGACCCAACGAGAGAACAGCAUCCAGCGCAGCGAGGCGGAGUGCGCCGAGUUGGCCCAUAAGGCGCAGCAGACGGCUUUAGCCUACAAGGAGCACGAUAACCAGCUGAAUGAGGCGAUCGAGAACAAUCGCCAGGUGGAGAUUUCAAUUGAGGCAUUGAAUGAGGAGACCUCGGAGUUGAAGAACCAAAUACAGAUCCUGGUAGAUCAGUCGAUUCUGACGGAUCGCGAGCUCGACGGCCUGCGUAAGGAGCUGGAGAAUCUCGCGAACCGGGUGCACUUGCAGCGCGUGGAAAACCGCAGUCAGAUGAAGAAACGGGAUGAAAAGGAGAAAGAAAUCGAGAACUUCGCCUCUGUGAUGGAGAAGGUUGAGGCCAGACUAGCCUCCAUGCAGAACAAAGCUCUGAAUGCGGAUCAGCGUUUGCACAUUCUAGAAGAGAUGAUGGAGGCGGAGCAGACAGCGCUGCGCAAUCUGGAAAAAGAGCAGGAGAAGGUAAACGAUAUGGUGUACCGUACCCAAAAGCAGGUGGCAGAGCUGCAGGACGAGGAAAAGAUUUUGGUCGUACAGAAUGCCUCUCUGACCUCCAAUCUGACGGCCAUGAAGCGCAACCAGCAACUAGUUCACCAGGAACUGAAGCGCCAGACGGAGAUCCACUAUAAUCUCUCCUUUAAGUAUCUAGAGGCUGAGCGUCGUUAUGCCGAGCUCAAGGGUCAGUCCGACGAUCCCGAGGUAGAGGCGAAAAACCUUGAGCGACUGUCUCAUCUGGAACAGGAGUACGAAAAGCUGCAGCGUCUAAUCCUCAAUACGGAGGCUCAGAACAGGAAGCUCAACCACAAUAUGAACAAUCUGGUUGUUCAGUAUAAUAACGACGAAAAGGAACUCGAGAUGGUUAGGUUCAAGAUCAAGGAGGCUCAGGUUUACUGCGAGGGUACCGUGAAGAGAUUACGACAGAAUCGCUUCGAUAAUUCUGAACUUAUUGUGGAUCUCAACAUGGUGAAAAUGCGCUGCAACGAUCUCGAGGUGGGCAUCGGUGGCUGCGAGCAGGGCACCUACGAUUUGGAGCAACACCGUCUCGCUUUUCGCCGUGCCAUCAAAGAUCGAACUGUGGAGCUGCGCAGCCAGGAGGAAGUGCUUCUACUGAAGAAGAAGCACCUGAACGAGGAGCUCAGCACCUUGCGGGCCGACAUCGGCGAGCGAAGGAAGCAGAUUGAAGUGAUGAAAGCCAGAUUCGAACUCACUUCCAAGCUGCUGGGCAAGAACGAGGAUGGCAGCAUUAUGACCAGCACACAGCUUAAGGUGGCUAGCGCCCAGCAGCGCCAGUUGCUGGCCGACGAGGGUGACGCCCUUAACAAGAAGGUGCUCACGGCCGAGAAGGAGGUGGUCGCCCUGGAGAACACUCUGCGCCAGUUCGACGUGUCCAACAGCAAUUACCGCAAAACCUUUACAUCGGUCGACGACGAUUCGAUGGCAGAUCGUGAGAAAGCAGAGUUGGAGCUGCAGGAGGUGGAGGCUGCCCACUGCCGCGACCUAGAAAAACUGAAGGUGCUGCGAUGUAAGGCGCAACAUUACGAUCAAAAGCACGAGGCUCAGCGGGCCGAGGAGGAGGACCUGAUCAACAAGUUGGAGAAGGCGAAGGCGCAGCGCGCCGAGCACGCGGCUGUGCUGGAGAAGCUUGAGAAAGAAUUGGAUGAGCAGCGCCUGAAGCUGGAGCGGGCGCAGCGAGAGAUCCGGACGCAGUUGCGAGAGAUUCAGGCAAAGCCAAUCAGUGAGGAGUUUAUGGAGCAGUUUGAGCGGGAUCUCAAUGCGCAGGAGCUGGAGGCUCGCAACUCUAAGGCACUCAAUAUGCUGACCGAUCUGGCCAACAGCGACGAGUCGGGGCCGGAGAUCCUCAAUUUCAUGCUGAGCAAGGGUGUCAAGUUACCGAUGCACCUGAAACGCACUCGCAGUACCGUAUCCUGGGGCAGUUCCUCGGUCAAGUCUUCUGACACUGUGGGGUCCUACAUCAGUGUUAAGGGCAAGAGCUUCCUUGGCGGGGGAAUGAGUGCCAGGUCUUCGACAUCCGAUAUGAGCUCCCUCAAGGACGAUAGCUCCUCCACCACUUCGCGCUCGGGCCUGAGCGUUAUCUCUCUCGAGCUGCCCAUGCCGGCAAAGAAGAAAUGAUAUCACUCUAAAUCCAACUAAUUAGUUUACUUUAGUUAUAAAUUUUAUUCGGUUAUCAAUGAAAGUA